UCCCUAGCAAUCGUGUCAAGAAAUACCUAAUAGAGGAGGUUCACCGGGAGCUCCAAUCCCAACAACCACCGAAUCCUCACGGCGCCCUGACCCAAUGCAAGCAUUUUCGAUCCCGCAAGUUCCUUAGAACUCCUCAACCACCUACCCGGAAAUCAGUGGUAACCUGCGACAAUGGCGCAAUUAAACCCGCCUGUCUCCCACUGCCGGCCCGCAUCCUCCUAUUCCUACUCCCACUCAAAUCACGCCCUCCCAUCCUCCGCAGUGUCCUCCGGCUCCGAAGCAGACCAUGAUGACAACUCCCCACUCCCCUUCCCCGCCGCCCUCUCGCGCGCCGAUUUCCUCGCCCCCGAUUUCGACGCCGCAACCUAUCUCUCUGCCCUACACACUGGCGGGCCGGCGGGCCGCCACCAGACGUUGGAGGACUUGCGAUCCGAGCUGCGUGACCGCAGCGCAGCCAUCAGCGCCGAGCUUUUGGAACUCGUCAAUUCCAACUACACCGCCUUCCUCAGCUUGGGCGACGAGCUCAAGGGCGGCGAGGAGCGGGUCGAGGACGUGAGGGUCGCACUGCUGGGUUUCCGGAGAGCGGUGGAAGAGCUGCAGGGGAGGGUAAGAGAACGGAGGGUGGAAGUCGGGAAACGGAAUCGGGAGCUCCGGGAGGUCAAAGGAGCGGUGGAGCUGGGGAGGCGGAUGUUGGAGUUGGAUGAACGGGUGGCCGGGUUGGAAGGGAGGCUUCUGGUUGGAAGUGUCGGCAAAGGAGGGAAACUUGAUGUGGAUGGAAAGAAAGCAGAAGAGCAAGAAGAGGAGGAGGAGUGGAGGGAGGAUCUUGACUCUCUGGAAAGUGACGAGGAUGAGGAGGAAGAGGCGGGUGACGACGUCAAGUUCACCAGCAGCAGCCCGUCAAAACUGGAGACACUGGCAAGGGAGUAUGUGCUUGUCGAAAAGAUCGCGGAAUCCGUCGGUCGGGAUUUGCCGUUUGUGAAGAAGAUGGAGGAGAGAAUGGCGCGCUGUCGGAACACGAUAUUGCUUGACCUGAGCACGGCCUUGAGGGAAGCCCGCAAGGCCGGCCCGAAGGGACAAGGGCGUGUGCUACAAUAUUUAGAGAUAUACAGGGUUCUGGAUGCGCAAACAGAAGCGGUUAGGGUGUUGAGGGGGAAAUGAUAACCCUGCUUAGACCCAUUGAACUUACGGUCCUCCUAGAUACCCAAAACAUUCAA